AUUUUUAUAUCUGUAAGCUUCAAAACCAAGGAAGUGGUUGAUACUUCCAAGUGUCUUGAGGGCAAAUUUACUAUUGAGCUGCUUGAUGAUUGAUUGUAUUUCUGAAGUUGAAUUCCCUCUGAUUAAGAUGUCAUCAAUGUAGAUUAGUAUCAGUAACAAGGAGCCAUGAAGUUUCCUGUAGAAUAGGGAAGUAUCUGAUUUUGAGUUUUGAAAUCCCCACUAUAGAAGAGUAGAUCUCAGGGUAUUGUACCAAGCUCGUGGAGCUUGGUUAAAGCCAUAGAGUGCCUUAUCUAACUUGUAGACAUGUCUAGGAAAUUGUUGAUCCACAAAUCCUUCCGAUAGAUGAAUAUAGAUAUCCUCAUUUAGAUUUCCAUUAAGAAAUGCAUUGUUGACAUCCACUUGUUGUAUGUCCCAAUGCUGUGAGACAACUAGAGAUAGAACCACUUUAAUGGUGGAAGAUUUUAUCACAGGGCUGAAAUUCUCUGUACAGUCAAGGCCUGGAAUUUGAUUAAAUCCUUUGGCCACAAAACGGGCCUUGUAUUUGUCUAUUGCACCUUUUGAGUCAUACUUGAUUCGAAAAACCCAUUUAGUGCCCUAAAUCUUCAUAGAUGACUGAAAGAGAACCAUAUGCCAUGUUUUAUUUCUUUGUAGAGCUUGAAUUUCUAAGUUCAUGGCCUCUUUCUAGGUAGGAUCUGUGAGAGCAAUAGCAGUUGAUACCAGUUCAGAAGUUGUGUUUAAUGUGAGAGAUGAUUGAUAGACCUUUGGCUUAGAGAUGCCACUUUUAGCUCUUGUCUGCAUAGGAUGCAGGUUUUGGACACAGAGUGGAGCAGUGGGGUUAGGGAAACAAGAUAAAGGCGAAGAGUGAAUAGGAUUAGAGUUGAUUACCUGAGUUGUUGUAUCUGAAGAAGAAGAUUGCAGGGCAGAUUCCAUUCUGUGAGGCUGCCCAGGAAUUGCAUGUAGAGUGUCAGUUAACGUGGAAAUGGGAAGGUUAGGAUGAGCUGUGUGUUUAUUGUGCUGUUUGUUGAACAAGGAUAAGUAUGAAAACUCAGAUUCAUUGAAUGUGACAUGUUUGGAGAUGUAGAUGCGACCAGAUGGAUGCAAACAUUUAUAGCCUUUAUGAUAUGGACUAUAUCCAAGAAACACAUAUUUGCUGGUUGAAAAUCGAGCUUGUGUUUGUUGUAAAAACGUAAGUAAGGAAGCACGUGCAUCCAAAUACUCUGAGGUGAUCAUACGCAAGCGAUUUAAGAAAUAAUUUUUGAAAUGGUGAUAGAUUUUAUAGAACUGGAGUGGGUAGGUUAUUGAUCAGGUAUGUGGUAGUUUGGAAAGCCUCAAGCUAGAAGGUCAUAGGUAAUUUGGCAUGAGAUAGUAGUGUAAGACCGGUCUCAGUCAUGUGGCGAUGCUUUCUUUCAAGAAUCCUAUUUUGUUGAUGGGUAUAUGGACAACUAAAUCUGGUGUUAAUGCCGUGUUGAGUAAGAAAUGGCAAUAACAUUGUGAAUUCCCCUCCAAUGUCACUAUGUAGGCUUUUGAUUUUGUUGUUGAGCUGAAGUUCAACAAGAGAUUUAAACGUUUUAAAAAUGCCCAUGGUUUCUGAUUUGUGUUUCAUUGGAUAGAUCCAUAUGAACUGAGACAAAGCAUCAACAAACACUAGAUAGUAUCUGUGACCAUUGGUGGAAAGAUAGGGACUUGGACCCCAAACAACAGUGUAGACAAUAUUCAAAGGAUUAGUGACAGAUAUUUUGUGUUUUUGAAAAGGUAACUUAUGCUGUUUUCCAUAUUGACAAGAAUCAGAGAAUUUGACAUAUUUAGGUCUAAAUUGAAGUUUCAUUGAUUGGAAAGUGUGUUGUAAUACAGUAGUAUUAGGAUGCCCUAAACAAGCGUGCCACACAUUUACAUUUGAUUUAGAAAGAAAAGUACCACAUUGAUUGGAGAUGGUGUUUGAUAGAUUAUUGAUAGAAGGCUGAGUUGUGAUAGGCUUUGAACUAAGACUGUACAAUCCAUUCCGGAGAAGUCCCUUGAGUAGAAUCCUCCCUGUAAGCUUGUCCUUAAAAACACAAUUGGAAUCAUUAAAUUCAAUUAGACACACUUUAUGAAAUUUACAUAAACUACCUAAUAACUUGGUAAUUACACAUAAAGGAAAUGACAUAAAGAAAAUGGUUUAGUUUUGAAAUAUUUAAGAAAGUAUAGUUUGUGACAAUCCUUGCUAUAUUUACACCUGUCAGGGCGAGGGGUGUUACAAUGGCGCUGAUGCUGCUUAACCAUUAGAAAGGGAAGAAAAAAUCAUCCAAAGUUACAAAAAAAAACUUUAAAAUCAAAAAGCAAAAAAGAAUAAUAAUUAAGGACUAUAAGUUUAUACAAUAGAUAACUAUAUUUGCUAACAAAUCAAUCCGCAAUCAAUUAUGAGAAGGGAAAAAUGCAUUGACUAAAAACACUGACUAAACUACCCCAAAAUAAGACUUCUCCAAGGAGCUAAACAUCCAUCUUUCACACAUUGAAACAAAACGGGACUGUUCAGGUCAGAAGUUCAAAUUCAUAAAUUUAAACAUUUCUCACAAAAUAUUUUAUUUUCUGUCUAUAUACAUUUGAAGCUAACAUAUUUUCACUCUUCCUCUCUUCCUUUUUACUCAUCAAUUUGUAUUACUAAACACUUCAAUUAAAAUUUGGAUUCAAUAAAUAGCUUGUGCAAAAACUCAACUCUGCAUUGUAAUUUUAAUCUUGAUGUUGUAAAUCUUGUGGUUUCAUUUCAAUAUAUAGUUUUUAGAGAUUACUCCACUCCCAUUCAUUCUAACGCAUCCUUGCAUUGUUUUAAAUCUUGAAUGCUGUCAAUAUUCAAGUGUGAUCAUGAUAAGGAAAGAGGAAGAAGAAAAUUAAAUCCUUAAAAGAUUAUUGCAAACAACGCCGUUUUAAAUCACUAUAAGAAAACAAAAAAAGACGACAAAAUUUACUUAUCAAAUUAUGAAAAAAGUGGUCGUUAAAGUAAAUUACCUACUGCUUACUGACCAUUUGAAACACCAAUAAUAAAGUUAUCGAUCAUUUUACCGAUAAAAUUCAUAGCUAUAUUUUCACUUUAUUGUAGUGAAUGAAGAACACAUAAAUGACACGUUUAGAUAUUACAACAACAUGCACCAUUUUUGAAUGGAGGAAACAUUAGAAAUUGACGAAAACAUCACUGUUUUGCAUAAAUGACAAGGCAAAGGAAUUGAAGAUAAAAAGACAAAUAGGGAACAAACGAAGGGAAAAAAGAAGACAAAAUUAAGGAAAAAAAAUCAAUAAAAGAGCACGCCAAAUUAAAUUGAAUAUUCUUAUAGAUUUUACUAUUUGGAGGCUCCUAUACUUUAUUGUAGAUAUAUUAAUUUCUAAUUAAGUUUGAGCUCAAUGGAUUCUUGUGUAUGGACCUUGGACUACCAGUCUACAAACAGACUAUUUGGAAUAAACUAUGCACAUAUUCUACUAAAAAAUCAAGGCUGCAAUAUGGAUGAAAGGUGAAUAGCUUAAAUAAAAAAUCGAACCAAAUCAAUUUAGUUUAAUUCUUUGAUGAAACAAUUCAAUUUCAGUUCUAAAUUUUUAAAAUUUAAUUGCAAUUCGAUUAAGUUCAUUAAAGACCGGUUUGAACCAAACCGAACCGGUUUUAAACCACUACUUGAAGUGCUGCGUUUUGUGCACACAUAUAUGGACUGUUUAAACAUUCAACCUAAUCUGCAAUUGGGUUUUUUGGCUCUCCAAUUCAAAACGCCUAGGCGCACGCACAGCUCCUUGAUCCUCCCCUCCUCCUGCUUCUUUGCAAUCGGACGCAUAUUAAGCCCAGACCGAUGCUUCAUGCAUGGAAGGCGGCUUUUCUCCCAGUGUCGGGUCUCUGCCUCCUUGCUCCCACACCGACUGUCAAUUCCUCUUUAUUCUUCUUGUUCGACAAUGGCUUACCUUGCCUCUGUUUGCUUAUGGGUUUGCCUUGUGCUUUUCGCUGCUCGAUAACUGAGUUUGCUUGUCUUGCAUCUCUGGGAAAACAGCUACCUCACUUGUUUGCUGUUUCUUUUUAUGAAGAAUCCCAUUAUUUGCUGACAAAGGACAAAAAAGAAGGUCAAAACACCUCCAGACCAGAAGACCAAGGGACCUUCUUUGUUCUGCAACUUCAACACUUGAUUACUGGGAGCUGGUUGCGGCUUCCUUCCUAUAGCAGUUCAGGAUUUCCAGUCAAUAAUUGUCUUCUGGCAAAAACAAUGCUAUCUAUAAGGAACUUGAGACAUGGGAUUACUGCACUUUCCCCUACAGUUUUGUUGUCCUUAAUUGUAAACAAUGAGUACCAUUGCACUGAAAUUUUCAGACACCAUAUUCGAGUUUCUUCAAGUCAGAGGCCUGUCUGUGAGUUCAUGAAUUCCUCUUUGACCAACUUGUACAUGCCAAUUGUUGUUUUUGGAAUGUGGGAUGGGCUUAACCGUCAAAUGCAUUCUUUAUCAACUCCGGGCAGAGCCAUCUUGGUCCAGGCUCGCGACCCAGCUAAACUAAGUAUGGAAAUAGAAAAGGCUAUUGAUGAUCAUAGAUUUAAUGAUGCCUGGAAGCUCUUUGAACAACACUCGCAUAUGGAAGGACUUCCUCGAAAAUCCAUUGUAAAUAAGCUUCUAGCAAGUUUUGCAGAAAGUUUUGAUGUUUGCUGGCUUGAGAAGGCUCAUGGCUUAGUGGAACAGGCCAUUGUGGAAAGUAAACAGAAAUUGUUGGAAAAAGAACCUCUUAUAUAUCUCUCCUUUAGUCUUGCUAAAUGUGGUUUAUCAAUUCCAGCAUCAACUAUUAUAAGAAGGUUGAUAGAAAUGGAAUUAUAUCCUCCUGUGACUGCUUGGUCUGCAAUUGUCGGUCACAUGUCGCAAACAGCUCCUGGAGCUUACCUUGCUGCUGAGUUGAUCCUUGAGAUAGGUUACUUGUUCCAAGAUGGCAGGGUGGACCCACGCAAGAAGAGUAAUGCACCUUUGAUUGCUAUGAAACCUAAUACAACUUCUGUUAAUAUUGCUUUGGCUGGGUGUCUCUUGUUUGGUAAAACAAGGAAAGCGGAGCAGCUCCUCGACAUGAUGCCUCACAUUUCUAUCAAAGUCAAUGCAACUUUAUUGAUCACAGUGGCACAUAUAUAUGAGAGGAAUGGGAGAAGAGAAGAACUGAAGAAACUUAAGAGACAUGUAGAUGAAGCUUAUAGUUUAAGCGAUAUUCAAUUUCGGCAGUUCUAUACUUGUUUACUAACAUGUCACUUGAAAUUUGGGGACCUUGAAUCUGCUUCCAACAUGGUUUUGAAAAUGCUUCAGAAAGCAAAGGAAGCACGCAACUCUCUUGCUGCAGCAACACUACUCAUUCGAGAUAAAUCCAAGUCCUCUACAGGGCAGUUUUCUCAGGAAAGUCUGAACCUCAGAUAUGGCCUAGAGAAAAAUAGAUCAACUGGAGUUUGUAUGAUAUCUUAUGAAGAGUUCUCUAAAGACCGAAACUUUUUGAAACUUGAAGCAGAGGCAAAGGAGCUACUUGGUUCUUUGUUAGGAAAGUUGCAGAACCAAGUUGAAUUAAUUACAACUGAUCACGGUGUUCUUCUGCCUACUGAAAAAAUUUAUGUGAAACUGGUAAAGGCAUAUCUAGAAUCUGGCAAGACUAAGGACUUGGUUGCGUUUCUCAUCAAGGCAGAGAAAGAAGAUUCCCCUGCUUCUAAUGAUGAUUCAGUCUUAGUUCAUGUCAUUAAUGCAUGCAUUUCACUUGGGUGGCUUGAUCAGGCACAUGACCUUCUUGAUGAGAUGCGGUUGGCUGGGGUUACCACAAGUUCUUCUGUAUAUGCUUCCCUUCUAAAGUCAUAUUGUAAAGCUAGUAGAGCAGGAGAGGCUGCAUCGCUUCUACGAGAUGCUCGUAGAGCAGGGUUCCAACUAGAUUCCAGCUGCUACAAUGCCUUAAUUGAAUCCCGAGUUUUGCAAAAUGAUACUCAUGGGGCCCUCAACCUUUUUAAAGAGGCGAAGGAUGCUAAAAUACAUAGAGCUAGUCAUCAACAAUUUGAGAUGUUGGUUAAGGGAUGUUCAGAAGGCGGUGAAGCAGGGUUGAUGACAAAGCUCUUGCGAGAAAUCGAGGAUGGCCAGACAUUGGAUUCUGGGGUUCAUGUUUGGAAUAAUGUAAUCCAUUUUUUCUGCAGGAAGAAAUUGAUGCAAGAUGCGGAGAGGGCUUUGAAGAAGAUGAGGAGCCUGGGACAUGCCCCGAAUGCUCAAACUUUUCAUUCUAUGGUGACAGGCUAUGCUGCUGUUGGGGGAAAGUAUGUGGAGGUGACAGAGCUAUGGGGUGAAAUGAAAGCUCUUGCUGCAACCACCUCAAUGAAUUUUGAUCAGGAACUCCUGGACUCUGUACUUUAUACAUUUGUUAGAGGUGGAUUUUUUGUUCGGGCCAUUGAAGUUGUGGAUAUGAUGGAGAAAGAGAACAUGUUCAUUGACAAGUACAAGUAUCGAACCCUCUUCUUGAAGUACCAUAAAACACUUCAUAAGGGAAAAGCACCCAAAUUCCAGACAGAAGCACAGCUAAGAAAGAGAGAAGCAGCAUUAAGCUUCAAGAAGUGGGUGGGUUUGCAGUAAGGAAAUUUUGUCUUCCAUGUCCUGCCUAGAUAUAAAUUUUUAGAUGGUGUUAAGGAGAAGGCAGUGGCAUGCCAUUCCAGGAAGAACUGGGAAUGCAUUUCUAACAUUUGGCAGAAGGAUUUAAAUUAUAUUCCGAGGAAUGUUGCAUGUGAUACCCGCAUAUCAGGUUGGGCAUCUCAAUUUCUCAUGGUGUAAUAUUAAGAGAUGACAAAACAAAACCCCUGUUACUUCCUCUUGACAACUUUGCCUUGCUUCUAUAACACACGGAGCCAACCUUGAUUGCUCAUUGUGGAAGGCAAUAUGGCAUUGAAAGUCGAUGCUUGUUGCUUUCAAUUUUCAUUGCUGCCUCCAUUAGCGUUAAAAUGGAUAUGCCUAGCAUCAUUGAGCUGUAAAUUAUUUCUGGCAUAUUUUGUUGAAUCCCACAUCGGUUUAGAAAAGGGAAACGUGCCUCUUGUAUGGGUCAUAGGCAAUCCUCCUCUUGAACUGGCUUUUGGGGUGAGAUAGGCGUAGCUCAAAUUUAACAUGGUAUCAGAGCCUCUUAUCGAUGCUGGGCUUCCCAUAAAUGUGUCACGCUCCAGCGUGGUUCUAGACAUGACGGGUGUGUUAAAUCCCACAUCGACUUGAGAGUGGUUGUAGACAUGAGGGGUGUGUUGAAUCCCACAUCGACUUGAGAGAGGGGAUAGCGUGCCCCUUUAUGUGGGCCAUAGGCAAUCCUCCCUCCCCUUGAACUAGCUUUUGAGUGAGUUAGGUCUGUUCCAAAUUGAAGUACACAUUUCUUACUUCGAGAACAUCUAAGCUAAGAAGAAAGGAACCUCUGUCCGCAUUGGACUUUGGUUUAUAUUGAUGCUGCUGAUGUUAUAAUAGGAUACAAGGCUACCAGGAAAUCAGAUAAGUUGGAGUAAGAUUGAUGUGGUGUAGUGCUGAUCUGAUUAAAUGGUCUAUCCAUCUAGAGGUAAAUAUUCUUUUAAAAGUUUCUGCUUUUGUAGUCGAUUCAAUUUAAAAUUUUAGUUUUUCAUUAGUUUUCUAUUAUAUGCCUUCAUCUAAGUGAUCAUUUCAAUUUUCUGUUAUCAA